AUGUUGGUUCCUGGUACAGGGAAUGUGCUCAAGGUCCAACACCUUCUGGGUCAGUGCACCCAACAUCUUGAGAAGGGAGAAAGCCACCAGGGACCAGCUGUACUUGGGAUUGCUAUGGUAGCAAUGGCUGAAGAAUUGGGUAUUGAAAUGGCUAUUCGUUCGUUAGAGCAUCUUUUGCAGUAUGGAGAGCAGAAAAUCAGAAGGGCAGUUCCUUUGGCUCUUGGUCUCCUCUGUAUAUCGAACCCUAAGGUCAAUGUUAUGGACACAUUAAGCAGACUUAGUCAUGACACUGAUACUGAAGUAGCAAUGGCUGCUGUCAUCUCCUUGGGGUUGAUUGGUGCCGGAACCAACAAUGCUAGAAUAGCUGGCAUGCUUCGCAACCUGUCAAGUUACUACUAUAAAGAAGCUAGCCUCCUUUUCUGUGUUCAAAUCGCUCAAGGUCUUGUACAUAUGGGGAAAGGCUUGAUGACUCUUGGACUAUACCAUUCGGAGCGCUUCUUGCUAUCCCGGGAAGCUUUCGCUACUGGAAUGGCAUCAGGUCUAAUUGACUUUUACUUCAACCUACCAUUCCAAAUUCUGUUGUUAUGGUGCCAAUUGCCAAAUGAGCAUCUUUAUACGGGAGAGAUUGGGUUGUAUAAGCAGCUGACUGUUGGAAAGAGGAUUCAGUCAACUUUGAACGGUUUUGUUGCUGCUGUUUGUUUGCUACUCAAAGAUGGUACUAGUCUGCUGCUGUUUGUGUGCAGACGUGCAGUCCGUGAGGUGCAGCUCCAGGAAACCAUGGGGGGCUGUACCUGGGUGCUUUUGGCCUUCCAAGUAGACUAUCCGAGAUCAUUCCACCAUUUUCUCAUGUCGUGGAGUUUAGUUUGA